AUGGAAAACCGCCUUCGUGACACGAGCAGGGUUGUCCGUUCUCACGCGGCCCCGCUGAACGAGGUCACCCAGGAGGACCUAAAGGUGGAGCGUCUCCAUGGCCGAAAGUACAUGAACCCCAGCAAAAAACAUGUGAUGCGUGAGGAGUUUUCCGACAAGAUUGAACAUAUCAUGCACGACCCCCGUCCACAGGAGGGGGUGCACUCGGAACUUCCCGUUUCCAUAAGCCCCCUCCUUUGUGAGCUUGCUGCACCCCGUCAGCGUAUUCAUUUCAAUCCACCGGAAACAGUUGUCGGCAUUGUCACAUGCGGAGGUAUUUGCCCCGGCUUGAAUGACGUGAUUCGUUCCUUGACUCUGACUGCCGUUAACGCAUACCGCGUGAAGCGCGUCAUUGGCUUCCGAUUUGGUUACUGGGGUCUCUCAAAGAAGGGAAGUCACACCGCCAUGGAGCUCUACCGUACAUCUGUCACAAGCAUUCACCGUUACGGAGGAACCAUUUUAGGCAGCAGCCGCGGUCCCCAAGACACCAGUGAAAUGGUUGACACCCUGGAACGUCUUGGUGUUAACAUCCUCUUUACUGUUGGUGGUGAUGGCACACAACGUGGUGCUCUUAAGAUUGCUGAAGAGGCCAAGAGGCGGGGCGCCAACCUUGCCGUUUUCGGUAUUCCCAAGACUAUUGACAAUGAUCUCAGUUUCUCACACCGCACUUUUGGUUUUGAGACGGCAGUAGACAAGGCUGUUGAGGCUGUCCGUGCUGCAUAUGCGGAAGCUAUUUCUCUCAACUACGGUGUUGGCGUCGUGAAGCUCAUGGGCCGUGACAGCGGCUUUAUUGCAGCAGAAGCAGCUGUGGCAAGUGCCCAGGCAAAUAUUUGCCUUGUUCCUGAAAAUCCUAUUUCCGAGGAUAUCGUAAUGGCACUUAUCCAACGUCGAUUUGAGACCUCCCGCAGCUGUGUCAUUAUUGUGGCAGAGGGCUUUGGUCAGGACUGGGAAGGGGGCACUGGUGGUCAUGAUGCCUCGGGCAAUAAGAAGCUUACGGAUAUUGGCGUUGUCCUGACGAAGAGGAUACAAGCAUGGCUGCGUAAAAAUAAAGAGCGUUACCCUAAUGGCACAGUGAAAUACAUUGACCCUUCAUACAUGAUUCGCGCCUGUCCGCCCUCGGCAAAUGACGCUCUUUUCUGCGCCACUCUUUCCACACUUGCCAUGCACGAGGCUAUGGCUGGUGCAACGAACUGUAUUAUUGCAUUGCGUUACAAUAGCUAUAUUCUCGUGCCUAUCAAGGUGGCAACCUCGGUUCGUCGUGUGUUGGAUCUCCGCGGCCAGCUCUGGCGCCAAGUGCGCGAAAUCACUGUUGGCCUGCAGGAUGACGUGCGUGCCUUCAAAGAAGCUGAAGUUCGUCGUGAACUGGAGGCCAUCAGCCUGGUUCGUGAGCGCCUGAUCGGACAACUCUCCAAGCUGUAA